AUGAAGAAAGGGAUUCUGGUGGAUGCAAUCAAGUCCCAGAAGUUUCUGCUGUUGUUGCUUCUGGUUCUGCUGUCCAGUGCAACUGGUGGCAGAAAAUGUCUCCUGAAUUUCAUCAAGGACAAGAAUGCUGUGUACACUUACUAUCAGUCAGGAGAUUUCAACAUUGGUGGAAUUAGUUCCGCAACAACACUUAAGUUCAAGCCAGUUGUCUUCUAUAUGUCUCCCAUCACUAGGCUUGUGGGGGCGGGUCCAUUUAUCUUCUGGUUUCUCCUGUCCUUCUUCUUUGCCACCAAGGAGAUCAACCAAAACCCCAAGCUCCUACCCAAUGUCACUCUGGGCUACAACUUCUAUGAUAAUUAUCAUGAGGCUGGGAUGACCUACGAUGCCAUGGCAGACCUCCUCUCAACUGGGGAAGCAAGUGUUCCCAACUACAGCUGUGGAAGAGCAAGCAAUCUCUUGGUAGUGAUUGAAGGAGUGGAGUCGGAAGCUUCCAGUCAGAUUUCAAUCAUGUCCAGCAUCUACAAAAUCCCACAGGUCAGCUACGGUUUUGUUUCUGGAGCUCUGAGUGAUAACAUCCAGUUCCCAUUUGUCUAUCGGAUGGUCCCCAAAGAAGAACAUGUGUACCAUAUGAUUGCCAAAUUACUCCAGCAUUUUGGGUGGAACUGGAUCAUGAUCUCUAGGAUAUAUAGGAUCCCCAUUGUGGGGAAAAUCUGGAUCACAACAGCUUUGUGGGACCUCACGUUGAAUUUUAAUUAUGACCUUUUCAUUGACAAGCAAAUCCAUGGCUUUUUCUCUUUUGUAUGUCAUCAGGAGAAAAAGAUUAGCAAUGACAAUUUUCAAACAUUUUUUGAUACUAUGAACGAAUUUGGACUGGCAGCCUUUGAAUGCUUGCUUUCAAAGCCCGCAUUGUCAGUCAAAUGGAGGAGAAGAUGCAAGAAGCAGAAGAUUCUGGAGGUCCCAAGUGAAGAGUUUGUGGACAACAUUUUUUCCAUGGACAGCUACCGCAUUUCGAGUCUUGUGCAGGCUGUGGCGAAGGCCAUCGAUAGGGCCCUGUCUUGGAGAACCCACAGGAUAAGACCUGGAGGUGAAAAUGGGCUGAGAUCUCACAGUAUUCCAGCAUGGCAGCUUCACUCUUUUCUGGGAAACACCAAGUUCUACAACUCCUCUCUGGAAGGCGUGUAUUUGGAUGAGAAAGGGGAGUUGAGUGCCAGUUUUGAUAUUGUGAAAUGGGAGACCUUCUCGAACCAAUCUACCCGGGCCACCAAGUUUGGAGAAAUACGCAGACAUUGGAGCUCCUCAGAGACCAAUUUCAUCUUUGAUCAGGAGAGGUGGUCCAGGCAUUUUAGCCAGACAUUUCGUCAUUCCAGGUGUACUGGAAGAUGUCGUCCCGGAGAAGCCAAAAUGGUAUUGGAGGGGGAACCGCUUUGCUGCUAUGGCUGUUCCUUGUGUGCAGAAGGGACCAUCUCGACUCAGGAAGAUGCAGAUUAUUGCAGCAAGUGUCCUGCUGAUCAGCAUCCAAAUAACGCCCAAGUUCAAUGUCUCCCCAAGAUCCAAACCUUCCUGUCCUACAAAGACUAUCUAGGGAUCAUCCUGACUUCCCUUGCCCUCUUCUUCUGCUUAAUCACAGCCUUUGUGUUAAUCAUCUUCAUUAAAUUCCUGGAAACUCCUUUGGUCAAAGCCAACAAUCAAGACCUCUCUUUUGUCCUCCUCAUCUCCCUCCUUCUUUCUUUCUCGUCCUCCUUCUUAUUCAUUGGUCAGCCAAGGACUACCACUUGCCUCCUCCGACAAACUGCCUUUAGCAUCAUCUUCUCGGUUGCCGUCUCUUCUGUUUUGGCCAAAACGGUCACGGUGGUGCUGGCCUUCUUGGCAACAAAGCCAGGGAGCAAGGCAAGGAAGUGGCUGGGGAAGAGCUUGGCCAACUCCAUUAUUAUUUCUUGUUCUGGCAUCCAAAUGAUCAUCUGCACAUUCUGGCUAGGAACCUCUCCUCCAUUUCCUGAGUCUGAUAUGCAGUCCCAGUCUGGAGAGAUCAUCCUGCAAUGCAACGAAGGCUCCGUCGCCAUGUUUUAUGGUGCCCUUAGCUACAUGGGCUUCCAAGCUGCUGUCUGCUUUGUGGUGGCUUUCCUGGCCAGGAACCUCCCUGGGGCCUUCAACGAAGCCAAGCUGAUCACCUUCAGCAUGCUGGUCUUCUGCAGCGUCUGGAUCUCCUUUGUGCCCACCUACCUGAGCACCAAGGGGAAAUACAUGGUGGCCGUGCAGGUCUUCUCCAUCUUGUCCUCCAGUGCCGGCUUAUUGGGCUGCAUCUUCAUUCCCAAAUGCUACAUUAUCGUUUUAAGACCAGACCUGAAUACAAAAGAGCAGCUAACAGCAAGAACAGAAAUUGGCUUGAAAGCAAAGGCUAAAUAACUGCAGUGGGCUUACUGCUUGAUGUGUGUUAAUUUAACAAUUUAAUUUCUGCUAGAUAUGCAUUAUUGUACUUGUGAAUGUGGAGAUGUAGAUUUGGUUUGCAGAUUGCUAAAAGGAAUCAUUGUUUCACUCUCUGCAAGCCAUUGUAGCAGCUGCUUUUUUCCCCAUUGGGGCAUCAGGGGGAACCAUGCUGAAGUUACCAUUCCAGAAAACUUAUAUGGGUCACUCUUCCCACACUCAGCAAAAUCUACACCAUUGGAGAAAAUUUUGAGCAGCAAAGACAAGGCAUAUUUUUCAGGCUAUUCCAUGGGAGUUGAAACCAAAAGUACAGGAGAAAUCACCAAGGCUGGAAAAGAAAUGAGCUUUCUUAGAAACAUCACUCAUGAAGAGCAGGUCAAUAUUUCAGCACAGACCUAUUUGAGAAAAAGACCCUCCAGUUUCCCCUAUUUUGGAAAAGAGGUUGAAACGACUCAUUUUUAAUUUGCCAUUAUGAAUUCACUCAUGAAUCAGGGCAGGAGUUUUGCAUAUUCCCUUUCCAAGAUUGUUUAUCAUAGCUAUUCAUUCCAUGUUAUUAACGCUGAUGUCAGGAUUCCAAAUAACACCCCCAACCAAGUAUAAGACUCCGAGGCAGGCAUUUCUUCAAACUUCCAUUUUAUUGGAGAUGUCAUAUUGGCACAUCUGAGAAAACCCGAAUCUGAAGUCUCCCGGGUUUUCCCCACCCAAAGGAAAGUCAAAGUACCCUUCCCCUGCACCCAUAUGUCCAUCACAUGUUCCAAUCAAGCCACCUGCCUAAUCAGAGUAGCUUCCCAGUCAUGCCUCUCCAGGUGCAGGUUGAACGUCCUUGACUCCCAGUGAAAGAAUGUUGUUGUUGUUAUGGCUAUACAUCUCACACCAUCGCCAGCCAACCCCCUCCCAGUUCCCACAGCAUGCCCAUCCUCCAUGUGUGGCAGCCCUGAAGAUCCAAAGAAAAGAUGGCCUCCAGGGGUGACAGCUGAUUAAUGAAAUCUUGCUUCUCGGGGCAUCUGCUGCUAUUAGCAAUUUGAGAUAUAAACCUAAUGUCAGGUAUGCUUCCUUCAGUAUCCAGGAAAGAAAACCCCAAAUCAAGCAUUUUGAAGAAUCUGGUACUUUUACUGAAUAUGAAAAGAUUAACAUCCCAGUGAAAAGCUGGAAGUGAUCAAAACGCGUGAAAUGCAUCUACUAAGCUUCUUCCCCCCCUCGUGUUUAUAGUUUCUCAGCCAAUCUAAAGGUCUUCCAAAGGUCAGGUGGCAACACGUCUGGCAGCGUCAUCCAUCAGGAAUGUCGAGACAGUUGGUCGGCCAUCCCCUUCUGAAAUCCAGUUUCGAUUCCCACGAAGUCCCCUCCUACAAAGACAAACCCCCUCCUGCUCUCUUCCCCCCCUUUGCUCCAUACCUAAUCCCUCCCCGUUUCUUAUGGCAGCUAAAGCAGGAAAGCUGAUGCUGACAUUCGGCCCCUCUUGCAGAAGAGACGUUAGUCCUAAUUAAAAGGAAAAAGAGAAAGAGAAACAGAAUAUAUACAAUGAUCAAGGUUUAUCAGGGUAUUUGGCAUAGAACUGUUGUACUUUCUUGGGAGCUCGGACAUCCCGUUUAUUUACCCAUUCAGCCUGAGAUAGUGGAAAAUGUUUCCAGGCAAUCAGAUAUUGGACUUUACCAUGGUGUUUUCUAGAGUCCAAGAUUUCCUUAACCUCAAAAUGUUGCUCCCCUUCUACGAGGAUGGGAAUUGGAGGGUUGCUAUGAUCAACCCUUAGGGGAGAUGAGUGUUCAGGUUUCAAUAAACUAACAUGAAAUACA